UUCAAAGUGGCAGCAUGCAUGGGGUUGCAAGGAGUGCAUGAAGAUACGCGAACUGGCUCGACCUUCAGCAAGGCCCCUCGCUUCCAAUCGCGAUGUCAAUCCAACCAACAGAUCAAACACCAGUCCAAGCCAUCGUCGGUCCUUGCUGACAUCGACACUUUAUUGCAUUCACUCGGGCCACUUCGACCCAAGUCCACACCUGCUCCAUCAAAGUACCACCCCAAUCCUGCCGUAACACAGCCCAAAAUCCCAUCGUUGCCAUUUUCAACGACACCUCGGAUCAAAGCCACUCGUAACACUCGUCUCGGUCCAGGAAUAUACGAUGCAUGUCGAGCCGAUAAAGUGGUUGCCCGCCGCAUAGUGGGGGGCUCGUGGCCAUCGCCUCCACCGCUUACAUACUCCAAUCCAUCCCCGCCAACACACAACAAUCAAGACUGCUCAGACGACGAUAACGACCACGAUCGCAGCACGGACUCGGAUUCUUCUCGUUCUUCCGUCGAGAAGUUUGUUCAACAAGCGCUUUGUCUUGAACGACCUUCGCCGCCACCCAAGACUCGCCGAGCUCCACGAAGUCUGGGAUACCAUUCCAUCUCGUAUGUGCUGGUUGAUCGUCGAGUUGCUGGAACGCCACUUAUGGCCCAAGCUGCGCGAAGUCGAACGAGCGUCCGUCGACUUCGCCAACGAGGGAUCGUGUGUUUGCUUACAAAACGUUCGUCGUCCAGCCGCCGCCACCAAAUUUGGCUGCCACCACAAGCGCAUUCUACUUGGUCUCUACAGACGACUCGCCAUCGUUUAGUACCGGGCUUUGGGAGUCAACCGCCUCGUCGGGCAGCCACUGGUCGACAGGAAUGGGCCAUGGCGCAAUGUCAUCGGCAGUGGUCAACUCGCCAAGGUACCAUGUGGUCGCGACAGGCUGGCCGAGAUCGCAUUCGGUGUAAAUUCAAAGGCAUGAAAAAGGUCGAAUGCUUCCGGGCCCCGCUCCGACGUCGCGGGGGGGAAGCCCCAAGUCAGGCAAACUCAGAGUCUGACACUGUCCGGUCCAUGCGAUCGCGGGGGAAGGUGGUUCAGUACGAUAAAGCCCUGGGGCGCGACGAUGCGGUGGGUCCAUUUGGCAGCAACCCGUAUGCAACUGAGAGGAGUUGGGUGUUGAGUGAAAGCAUCGACUUGACCGUUGAUCGAAAAUGGGUCCAGCCCCGGCUUCGGGUGGCUACGAUUCGAGAGCCUGCGUGGGAGAUACAAAACAAGUCGGCCGACAACCAACUUUGCCAAUUGGACAUUGACCCUCAGUACAACUUUGGGAAGAAACGAUUGAAGGGGGUGGUCAUAACUAAAACUCCAACAUCGUCAUCGAGAAUCCCAAUGCAGAAGGAGCAGUUUGCACGCCUCAAUGUCGAGGCGGUGGAUGUCAAGUACGACAUAGUGAAGCCAAACGUCAAAGGCAUUGUGGCGUAUCAGCGCCCAUGGACAGCAGCAACUUCAGUCCGUGGCGAAACCAGCGAGCAGUGCAUUUUGGAGUCCAACAACUUGGAUUUGACACGGCCUCGUCGUGGUCGAGCCGUAGACAUGAGCAAGUGCCAAGAGCGGUGGCCCAUAUCUCCACUUGACUGUGAGGAUCGGUUGUUAUGGAUCGAGGCUGCAAACAAAGACAAGGUAGCCCUAGAUCUCGCAUUGAGCAAAAUCAGCAGAACACAAGGCACGGUUCACAUGGCGAAGGACACACUGCAGCGCUUUGUGCCUGUGAAAGCGAAGAGUUACCUCAACAGCGACUAUGACACGUCCAACCAACAAAUGGUGUUGAGCACGUUUGAAAAUACCAACAAGUCAAGUGUGAACAUGGCAAAGAACAACACUUCCCGAAAUUCACACCAACUCGCUUGUGACGGGACAAGACUGGAGCUGGACGUGGAGAAUGCACUUCGAGCGAGCAGCAAGUCCAAACGAGUUGUUGGGGCUUUCAAUAUGGCCAAACAGAGCUCGGGGCCACCACGUCCGAAAGUGGCGGGGCAUGUGUUGACGCUGGAGCCAACGCGAUGGACGAUAAACACCCCCAGGGGCUUCGUGUCCAUGACGAAGCACUCUGGACGAGAGGACCUGUUUAUCCAGUGCAAGGAGAAUCCCCCUCUCAAUCUGUCGCUACGCAAUCCUACUACGGUCCUCUCGGAGUUCAAGCGGGCACAAGCGCAUGUCAACAUGUCGAAAAGCCGAGGGAGAGAGGCCGCGACGAAGGCGACGAACACACUAGAAACAUUGCUGUCCCCGAAAGCAGCCGCAGCUUUGACAAAGAAGGUCGCGAUGUGUGUACAAAUGGCCAAGGCUGUGGGCCGGGAAGGGUUUCGCUCAAAACUCGAGCCACAGACGCCGGCAGAGGAGCUACAUUUGUCGCCCAAGCUGACGUCGUCGACAUUAUCAAAGUACGCGCGAGUCAUAUCCCACGUCAAUAUGGGGAAAUCAACUGGACGUUCAGGCCAUUGAUGGACUGAUAUUAUAUGGCUCAAUAAAAUCUCAUGUAAAUGACCAUG